AUUCUUUUAUUUUAUUUUAUGAUGGUGGUGGUGGUGGUGGUGGUGAGUGUGUGGUGUGGAGUGAUGUGGUGGUGUGGUGAUUUAGUGUAUAUUGAAUGGUAGGAUUGAUAAGAAUGUUGGGUUUGCGGGUGGCGAUGGUGGUGGUGGUCAUGGUUUUAGUAAUGGUGAUAAUGGUGUAGCUGCACUGCUGUGGUGUGGUGUGGUGUUGGUGUCACAGGGCACUGGUGUGAUGAAGGUGAGGUGAGGUGUGUCCUGGUGGUGAUGGUGGUGGUGCUGUGUGGUGUGGUGUGUCGCAUGGUGAUGAUGGUGUUGUGGUUAUGCUGUGUUGUGGCGGAGGCGGUGUGUUGCGUGCAACGGCCCUAGAAAAUGGUGGAGGCUGGAAGGUAAUGGUCGUGGUGAUAACGUCUUCGUCACCGCCGUCGUCACCGCCGUCGUCGCCGUCGUCGUCGUCGUCGGCGGCGGCGGCGGCGGGCGGCACGUGCAUGACUGGCCGUGGCGGCACGGUCCCCGCGAGGCUGGCGGCGCCGCGGCAGGUGCUGCCACCCCCCGCCGCUCAGUGCCACGAGCGUCGGUUACCUGCGUGCCAUUAUUAUGAAGGUUUUUCUUGUCGUCCGGCGGGCUCCGAAGAGGGCGUGAAGGGCGCGGCGCCUCCUCCCCGGCAGCGGGCGUGGGCGGGCUGCGAAGUGGUCCUCGGAAGGGCCGCCCGUGACCGCAGGAACAGGGCAGAUGAUCCGCGGCCGCCGCCGCCGGGAGCCUGUGGUCAUUGCAUAGGAAUCCGCCCCGCCCACCGGCCGCGGCGCCGCCCACCCCGAGGCCGCCCCGCGCCCCCGCUGCCGUUCAUUGGCCGGGCGGACGAGGCUCCGCCCAGUGGGCGCACGAGAGCAGCAGGCGGACGUAUUGAUUGGAUAGUUAUGAUAGUGAAGGCAUGUGUAGCGCAGAUUGUACAUCUAACGUGGCGCUCAACUCAAACUUUGGCGACAAGAAUGAAAAUGUGUGUGUACCGGGCACCGGCGCCAGUUGGUAGACAAAGUGCGAUAAAACCAUUAAGAUAAUAGGCAGGCGGGCAGUGAGCUCUUGGCCCCCGCAUGGGACGGACCCCGGCCGCCUGCUGCUGCGCUGCUCUCCUCCUUCAGUUAGUGACUGCCGAGGCCGCCGGUGAGUGCCGCCGCUGCCCGGGCACCGCGGCACUCAGGAAGCAGUGGCGAGUUGUGGCGGUGGUGGUGGUGAUAGCGGCGGCGGCGUGCGCGAAGCCCCAUGCCCGGCGUGGCCUGAGUGUCGUGCCCUCCUGAACCAUGGCCAGUGACUCUGACCUGGGCGGCGGGCCGCUGGGGGGCAGUGCCGCUGGCCUCGAAGGCUCGCUGGGCCCCCCGACGCUGUACCCGCGCGGUCUGUACGACCCGCACCGUCUCUACGACCCGAGGCCACACCUCGACCAGUCUGACACCAAGUUCCUUACCGACCGCCUCUUCUUCGACAAGCCCGUGAUGGAGCGGCCCCUUGAGCGCCCCGCCGCCGACCGCUACCUGGCGGAGCGACCCUACCCAGACCGCCACUACUUGGACCGAUCCUUCCUGGAGCGGCUGGGCCUCGACCGCCAGGCUCCCCAGGAGAGGCCGUGCCCUCAGGACAUGCGGGACGCCGGCCCGCUGGACCGCUCGGUCCUGGAGCGUUCCUUGCUGGAGAGGUCAGCGCUGGAGCGCCAGGUACAGGAGCGGGCCCAGGCGGCCCGGGUAUUGUUUGACCGCCAGGUUCAGCAGCAGCAGGCCCAGCUGGCCAUCCUGGCGGACCACCAGACGCCGUCGCCGCCCCCGCUGUCCCUGGACCACUGCCGGGAGGAGGGGCGCCUCGGCGGCCCUUCCGACGACUCCUCGGACCAGGCCAUGGCGGUGGACGACGCCGCGGGGCCGCAGCACCAGCAGGAGAAUGACGCAGACGAGAUGCCGUGCGAAGGGGCCGGGCGAAGUGAGCGAGGAGGGGAGGAAAGCCCGCCCUUAGGAGAGCGGGAGGUGCCCUUAGGGCCUCCAGAAGACUCCAGCCACAUGGGGGACGUGGGCGGCUCCCCGCUGCCGUCGCCGCCGCUGGAGGGCCGCGAGAAGGGCGGGGAGGGCGGGGAGGAGGACAAGGAGGGGGACAAGCAGGGCGGGUUGGUCAAGCCGCCGUAUUCGUACAUCGCUCUCAUCACGAUGGCCAUCCUGCAGGCGCCGAAGAAGCGCGUGACGCUGAGCGAGAUCUGCGAGUUCAUCAUCAACAGGUUCCCUUACUACAAGGCCAAGUUCCCCGCCUGGCAGAACUCCAUCCGCCACAACCUGUCCCUCAACGACUGCUUCGUCAAGGUGCCGCGCGAGCCUGGCAACCCCGGCAAGGGCAACUACUGGACGCUCGACCCCGGCGCCAUCGACAUGUUCGACAACGGCUCCUUCCUCCGCCGCCGCAAGCGGUACAAGCGGCAGCCGGCACCAGAUUUCCUGAACGACCCGCACGUGUUUUCGUUGUUCACCUCCGGCAUGCUGGACCCCUUCCAGCAGCAGCAGCUGCAGCAGGCGGCGGCGCUUCUGGGCGGCCACCAUCCACUGCUGAAUCGACCCCCGCUGCCCCACACACUGCUGCCGCCGCCCCCGUACCUGCCCCACCUGGGGGGGCUGCCACUGGGCUUGCCGCACCUGGAGCUGGCCCGCCAGGUACGCCCGAUGUUACCUUUACAAGGCGGCAACGCGCCCCUGCUCCACCCAACCCCUGUCAAGCCCCUGGCGGUGCCGGCGGGCCUCGCCCACCCCGGCCUGCAGGGGCCCCUCAAGUCCCCGUGCGGCCCCCAGCUACAGCCGCCGUCGUCGCCGCCGUCACCGUCGGGCCACACGCAGCCCAUGAUGCCCCGCACACACAAGCCCUUCACCAUUGACUCGCUCAUCGGCCGCGACGACGGCAAGAUGGGGGGCAUGGACGGGGGCGGCGAGUCCCCCCGCUCCCUCAGCCCGCCCCUUUCCUCGCCGCAGGGGCUCCCCGCCCUGCCGCCCUCGCCCCUUCACGCCCUCAGUCGAGUCCCUGUCUCCUUCCAGUCUUCCGUCAGCUCGGCCUCGUCGGCGGCGACACUCUCCGGCUACACCAGCGUGGGCCUCGGGGACGCCGACCACCGGCCCUUCCUGCACGCCGCCCUCCUGCACUCCAUGGCGCAGUGAGCCGCCCUUCGCCGCACGUCGCCGAAACACGCCUCGCCGCCUCCCCACGCCCGUCACCGUCACGCCCCGGCUCGUCCCACAGCCGGCUGGGCUCCCACACCACCUCUCAACCCUCCCCGCCCCGCCCCGCCCCGUCCCGCUCCUCAUUCUCCGCUCUGUCGCCCCGAGUCUUCAGCAGCACAAGCAUCACAUCGCUCAGGACAGUAACGCGUCAGGCAGUGUGGGGAGGGAGGCCCCCGACCCCCGGCCCAUCUGCUGUUCCGCCCCGCUUCCCAUCGACACCCGCCCCUUACUACCAACCCCCUGCCGCCCCCCACCCCGCCCCCCUCGCACUGUGACGACCAAAGUACAGACUCUAGGCCACCGACGCAGUUGGCUGACUUCACUGUAAUUUACAUGUUUACUUUGUACAAAUCAUGUUUCAUAUAGCUGAGGGCCUCCGGACCACUUUGAUAAAUGUAGAGUGUAAUUAAUAGUAUUGAUAUUAUUUAUUGGUAGGCGUUAAGAGCUUGGUACCGAGGGAGCUCCUGGGAAGAGUGGAGUGCGUGUAUAUACGUGUUUGUUGUGUGUGUGUGUGUGUGUGUGUGUGUGUCAGUGUAUUCCUCGGCGGCGGCACAGCCUCGGCCCGCCCCGCAGCACAGCACAAAGGACGCCUCGCCGCUACGGCCGCCCGAAAGACACUCGUUCCUGCGGGGGCGGCGCCGAGGCAAGACAGUUCCCGCCGCCGAGACUCAGACUCGCAUGACUGUGCCGAGGACGGGAUGAGCUGCUGCUGUACAUUCCACGGAGCUCUGGGGGGAGGACCCGACGCACACACACACACACACACACACCACACACACACACACACACACACACACACACACAUAUUAUCAACUUCGUUUUGUCAUCAGAAUUGUAAUGAAAUUGUUAUUGAUAGUAAUGCGGAUUGUAAUGACGAUAAUAAUGUAAUGAUAAUAAUAAUGAUAGUAAUAAUAAUAGUAAUGAUGAUGACGGAGGCUGUUGUUGCUAUUAUCAUUAUUAUUAUUGUUAUUGUUAUUAUUAUUAUUGUUUUUGUUGUUCUUGUAUUUUGUUUAUAUUUCUACUGUUUUCAUCCUCAGUGCCAUUCUAAAAAAAAAAAAAAAGAACAGUGAGAGGAACAUUAAUUAAAAGCAACACCAACAAAACAACAACAACAACAACAACAACAACAACAACAACACACGGACAUCAUAGCCAACACAAAAACAAAACUUUCGCCGCUAAACACACACACACACACACACACACACACACACACACACACACACACACACACACUGAACAACAACAACAACAACAACAACAACAGAAUUACUAAGAACUCACUUAAUUUUCGUCCUUUCAUUCGUAUAAUAUGUAAAAAAAAAAAAAUGUCAUUCAUGUAUAUAAAUAACUAUACUCAAACAUACAUGACUCCGUGUGUGUGUGUGUGUGUGUGUGUGUGUGUGUGUGUGCGUGUGUGUGUGCGUGUGUGUGCUCCUCCUCUUCCCCUCUUCGUCACCUCCGCGAUGUUUCGAUGCCAAAGACUCUCCUGGUUCUACUCCUUGUCAAUAAAGGCGAA